AUGAUGGCCCACCCCCUUGCCAUUCUCUCUCCGGAGGAGACCAACGUGGCCCGUGACCUCUACGACGUCAUCGGCGCUGAUCGCAUCCCCGAGUAUCAGGAGUCGGUGGUCGAUCUCGUCGCUCACAAGCAGAUCAAACAUACUGUUGUGGGAAAGCAGCAUCAUGCAUCCCUAACCUUGAGCGAAUUCGACGUGCUCGUUGAUCGGUGUAUGAGCUCGCCUUUGUUCCAGGAAGCCAUCGCUCAGUUCUCCCUACCCGAUGGAUUCGAGGUCGUCAUUGAGCCCUGGCCAUAUGGGGGUCUGGAUAAUACCGACGAGAACCGUCGCUUUUUCCAGGGACUAUGCUUUGCCCAAGACAAGCGAUCUGGCAACCCAGACACCAACUUCUACUCCUUUCCUCUACCUAUUAUCCCCGUGAUGGAUGCCCACACCCAGCAGAUCAUCCGUGUUGACCGACCGGCCACCGGAGGAAAAGGAGAUGGAUUGUUAGAACAAACCUUCAAGCGUGAUAUCAUUGGUCACUGCAAGCCUUCCGAAUAUGUGCCCGAGCUGCUUACGGAGGGUACUCGCGCGGACCUCAAGCCACUGAAUGUCGUGCAACCCGAGGGUCCCUCCUUUCGCGUCACCAACGAGUCGCUGGUCGAAUGGCAGAAGUGGCGGUUCCGCGUGGGCUUCAACCCACGUGAAGGUGCGACGAUCCACGAUCUGUGGUACGAUGGCCGUAGCGUGAUGCAUCGGUUGGCCAUCAGUGAAAUGACCGUACCGUACGCCGAUCCUCGUCCUCCGUUCCAUCGAAAGCAGGCCUUCGACUUUGGCGAUGGCGGUGGUGGAAACAUGGCCAACAAUCUCUCUCUUGGGUGUGACUGCCUGGGGGUGAUAAAAUACUUUGAUGCCGUGAUCACAAAGCCAGAUGGAACUGCCGAGAAGUUACCUAACGCAAUUUGCCUCCACGAACAAGAUAACGGAAUCGCCUGGAAGCACUCCAACUGGCGUACCGGUCGGGCUGUGGUAACUCGGAACAGGGAGCUUGUCGUGCAGUUCAUCAUCACGCUCGCGAACUAUGAGUAUAUCUUUGCCUACAAGUUCAACCAGUCAGGCGACAUCACCGUUGAGGCCCGAGCGACCGGCAUCUUAAAUGUCGUCAACAUCGAUGCGGGCAAGGUCAGCGACUACGGCAACGUGAAGAAUUCGGUGGUGGUAGAGGAGUCGCAUCCAGUCCCGAUGAACGCCGUCACCAACCCCAAUGGCAACUUCUAUCAGAUCACCAAAAAUACCGUCGAGAGGGCAUCCUGGAUCGAUGCGGCCCCGGAGUACAACCGGACGAUCAAGAUGAUCAAUCCACACAAGACUAACCCCAUCAGUGGAAAUCCUGUUGGGUUCAAGUUCAUCCCUCUCGCCACCCAGAACCUUUUGGCCGACCCAGAGUCCGUUCAAGCCCGCCGUGCUCAGUUCGCCCAGCAUCAUGUGUGGGUAACGAAAUAUCAAGAUAACGAGCUGUAUGCGGGUGGCCGGUACACCUUACAAAGUCAAUAUGAGAUUGAUGGCGUUGCAGACGCCGUUCGUCGAGGUGACUCUGUGGCUGAUACCGACGUUGUGGUCUGGAACUCGUUUGGCAUCACCCACAAUCCUCGCGUGGAGGACUGGCCCGUCAUGCCUGUUGAAACAUUCCAGCUCAUGAUCCGCCCAGCGGACUUUUUCGUAGAGAAUCCUUCCAUCGACGUUCCCUCAAAUAAGAACGUAUCUUCGCGGCUGGUCGACAAGGAUUGCUGCCCACAACUUGAGGACCCCGCGCCCAAGGAUGAUUGGCCCAACCAUGCGCGAUUCCGGGCUGUCGAUCUGGAACUCGAUACGCUCCGUGAGGAGAUGCGGACUCUUUCCGCUCGCUUGAAAGAAGUUGAAAGUGCCAAUUCUGUUGCUUCAUCAAGACCAACUGUUAGUGCCGCACCGACUAGCUUACAGCGCAUAUUGAACCCACCCAAAUCGCCUUCCUAUGUCGGACCUACGAGUGCUGAGUUUGGUUUGGACCAUCAAGAUGACCCUUUGCUCUAUGCUCUUGAUGAUCGCGACAAUAUUCAUGCAGACAACUUCCAGGGGAAUCAGGACAGUCGCCCUGCUUCUCCAGUCGCCCAGAUCUCAACGGGGUCGACGCCUACCGAGAAUUCUACAAGCCAACAUUCAUUGCAUGACUUGGGGUUAGAAGAAACAUUGCGCCUUGUACAAGUCUACGAAGACACCGUCGGUAUUAUGUAUCCCUGUGUCGAUCUAGCUAGUCUGCGUACUUAUGUCGUGGAAUACUAUCAUUCGCAAACCUCUGCCUUUAACAAAUCAUCGGCACGAAGACUAUCAAGAAGAGACGAAGAUUGGUUUCAUGCCCGCGACAUUCAGGUAUUGAAUAUUGUCCUUGCUACUGCCCUGCUGGUAGAAAGCCAUGGUCAGAGCGAGCGAGCAGCUCAACUGGCUGAUAGUGUGGAAGAUCGUUUUGCGAGUCGACUCAAAGUUGCGCAGGUGGAUAUGAAAGAGUGCCUAAUAUUGACAUUACUGUCACUAUUUCAUUCCUAUCGCGACGACGAGGUCAUCGCAUGGCGGCUUACAGGCAUGGCGGCUCGGGGCAGCAUGGAACUUGGUCUGCAUCGACAAGAGACAUGGAAAAAGACCGGUGGCGUAUUUCCAGGCGCUUUAGAGUGGAUAUGGGCUAGUCGACUGUUCUGGUGUAUCUAUGUACUCGAUCGCAAGUGGUCAUUUGGCACGGGUCUGCCAUUUGCCAUUCAGGAUUCCGACAUGGAUACCAACCUUCCGGAACCUGGUCAUUCCACCCCGUACUUAACAUGCCUGAUCUCCUAUGCCCGGUUGGGUACAAAAAUAUGGGGCCUUAUAGUUGGCUGGUCGAAUCGAUCACGCGAAGCGACCUCGGAGGGUUGCGCUUUUCUCGAUGCUCAAGUGCAGCAGUGGGUCCAUUCUAUUCCACGCGAACUACGCUUCGACCCUAGUUGGCGUUCACCUGCUGGGCCCGUACAUACGGAUCGUACCAGAAUGCUCCAGGUGCUACUAGCUUUACAGGCCAACCAACUACGUAUUCUUGUUUAUCGACAAAAUCUUCUCAGUGGCGAUCGGAUUUUGGACGACAUACCCGGUGCUUUGAUAGCCGUGGAAACAGCAAAGAGUACCAUUCAUAUGCUAGACUAUUACAGUCGUGUUUCAAAUGUUUAUUUUCAGCGCCCUGAGCCCUUCAACUACUUCUUAAUCUCGGCUCUCGCGGCUUUGUUCCUCGCGGUUUUGCAUGCGCCGGCUCGUUUCAGCCAACUAUGUCGGCCCGAGUUCUACACUGCAGUCGGUAUGGUGCGUCGCUCGGCGACCCGGGCGAAAACUUCCCGGAGGCUGCAGAAAAUUAUCCGCAGCCUCAAACGAAUUCAACUGAGUGUACCAUGGCAGGCUCAACAGGCGAGCCAGCACACUGUUCACUCCCGCAGUGCUUCUAAUGCGGCCAUUUGCUCACUCGACACCCCUUGGAAAGAAAAACCUUUUCCUUUUCGCAAUCCAUUCGACUUAGACCCAGUGUCAUUGACAAAAGAUUCUCCAUCAGUCAAAAUUGCAUCUAACUUAUAUCAGACGCCUGGGAUUCCCACACCACAAGGUUCUUCAGCAACCUUUUGGCCAUUAUCUCCUAAUGCAGCCCUCGAAGUGGAAUCAAAUGGAUGCGAGGAUCUUAGUAGCUUCUUUGAAAUCGCCGGCGGCUUCUGUUUUGAGCCUCGGCCCGAUAUCGCCAACGAGGCGGAAAUGGGAAUGUCUCAGGAUGGCGCCGGAAGUGCCCCGAAUCCCCUAGAUGUGUUUCAGGCAGAGGAUGAGGAGUUAACAAGGGUGAUGGCUGGCUUGCUAUAA